AUAUCAAGUGAAGCAUGGGUGACUGGAGCUUUCUGGGGCGGCUGCUGGAGAAUGCUCAAGAACACUCCACUGUGAUUGGAAAGGUUUGGCUUACUGUCCUCUUCAUCUUCCGCAUCUUGGUGCUGGGUGCAGCAGCCGAGGAGGUUUGGGGCGACGAACAGUCCGACUUCACUUGUAACACGCAGCAGCCCGGUUGCGAGAACGUCUGCUACGACGAGGCUUUCCCGAUAUCUCACAUCCGCUUCUGGGUGCUGCAAAUCAUCUUCGUCUCCACGCCCACCCUCAUCUACCUGGGCCAUGUGCUGCACAUUGUUCGCAUGGAGGAGAAGAGGAGGGAGAGAGAGGAUGAGCUCAGGAAGGCCGGGCGACACCAGGAGGACCACGACCCUCUCUAUCACAAUGGAGUUGGUGAUGUGGGAGGGGGCGGGGGGAAGAAGGAAAAGCCCCCAAUACGCGAUGAGCAUGGGAAGAUCAGGAUCCGAGGGGCAUUACUGAGGACCUACAUCUUCAACAUUAUCUUCAAGACUCUGUUUGAGGUGGGCUUUAUCCUGGGACAGUACUUCCUCUAUGGUUUCCAUCUGAGGCCACUCUAUAAAUGUGGUCGUUGGCCCUGCCCCAAUACUGUGGACUGCUUCAUCUCCAGGCCCACUGAAAAGACAAUCUUCAUCAUCUUCAUGCUGGUCGUUGCCUGUGUCUCUCUGGUCUUGAACCUCCUGGAGAUCUACCACCUGGGCUGGAAGAAAGUCAAGCAAGGGGUCACCAACGAGUUUGUACCUGACCGCGAGUCACUGCUGCUGGGUGCAAACAAGCCUGGAGAUGCUGACACGAUUCCUGAGCAGACCUCUGCUUCAGUGCUCGAGUGUUUGCCAGUGUAUGCCAGUGUGAACGUUGUAAGGGUUGGAGAUGCUGAGGAAGGAGCCUAUGGUCCAACAGAUGGCUCCAAUGCAGUGAUCUCCUCAGACCCUAACACCAACUCCUUACCUGCCAGACUCAAGAUGGCGGGCUCAGGGUCCUACCCUGAUGAGUACCUGUUGGAGGCCACGCCCACUUCUUUUUAUCACAAUGGAGACAAAGUGAGUGUCGGGAGUCAUGAGCAGGAGAUCGAUCAGAAUUGGAGCAACAUGGAACGGGAGCUCCAGAGUCUGGAUGGAAAAUACUCCCCUUCAUCCUUCCCACCCCCUCUUCCCUCCCCUCCCACCUCUGCCUCCUCCUCUCCUCAGGAGGACACAUUCCCAUCACUUCCACCUGGGGAACAACACUCCAUGUUUCCCACACUUCCUCUUCGUACCCCUCUGUCGUCCCUCUCACCGGAGGAGGCUCCGGGGGGGGAUCAGGAAAAUAUUGUCGCGACCGCACCUUGUAUGGUCCCACAUGAUGAAUUCCUCGUGGUCACCAGGGCGGAGAUGCAUCAGCCUCCUGCUGUUCCAUUGAUGGACAUCCGGAAGCCAAGUCGGGCCAACAAGAGUGGCUGUGUCAGAGCUCGCCAUGACGACCUGGCAGUGUAGCUAAAACACACACUCACACAUUUACACAAACAUGCAUUGAUACACUUUUUUCAAAUAUACACAAAAGUAAAAAACCAAACACAAAGCAUGUCCCACAGCAAGAGCCAGGAGGUCCAAAACAUGCUCGCACGUACAUUCAGCUUGAGGUUGCAGCUUAUAUCAGAAUUUUUAAAAAUAACAGAGGUAGGGUUAGUAAGAGUUUGGCCAGAUUAUAGUGAUGGCACCAUCCUUAAAUUAACAUUUCAGAAACCAUUGCAACACAGGACAGUGGAUGUUGAGCUUUAUUCUGAUUGGUCAAUUACCGCAUCAUGGGAUCUAUAGUUUAAGUUUUGCAGUAAAAUGCUAUGGAUAACAGACAGUUGAUGCAACUCUGAUCCAAAAAAUUAUUAGGUCCAACGUAAAUGAUUGGGCUAAGAAGGAAGCCUUGUUUUUCCUGCUGUCUUGUCAUUGUGCUAAGCUAAGCUAAGCUAACUGAUAUAGGCUCUAGCUCCAUAUGUCAAGAUGUCUUAACAUGAAAUGAAAUUGGCAUCUUUCUCACUGUGGAACAGAUGGGAAUUCUGAAACACUUCCCUGGCUUGUAUGAGUCACUUCUUGCCACGACAGGUUCAGCUGGUAUCUUAUGGGUUGCAAGUUGGAAAUGUCAGAAGUCAUGAAGGUCAGGCUGAAAUCAUUUUAACUCCAUGCAUAAGCGUAAGUGGCAAUCUCGAAUAAUGCUGCAAAGAUAGCAGACAGCUAUUUUUUAUAGACAUUAGAGUGGUCUCUUACUCCUGGAAGAAAAUGUGAAUAACAAUCUUUUUUGUCACAUUGCUACAUUUUUCUGAGCCAAUAUUUCCAAGAUGGCUGCCAGAGAGUGAGUUACAGCAUGGGUGCCAAAUACUGCUCUGGCAUUACUCUUUCUUCUCUUUUGAAAAGUUGAACAGGAAUGAUACACUAUCCUAUUAAUUUAGAUCACACACAUACACACAUAUAGCCAGCAUAGAUACACACAGAAAGAUGAGAGUGAUGACGAUGAUGAUGAUGAUGAUGAUGAUUGGACUAACUUUUAGGUUUUGAAGCGUAGCAGCAAUACUAUAUUCUUUUUUUAUUUCUCAUUUAAUUCUUUGCUGGGAGACAUCAAAGGAAAGGUUUGCACUUUUUGUUUUUUUAUUUUUAUUUUUUUCUUGUGACAUGAUAAUCGAGCUUUAAGGUUCGUUUUGUUGAACCUGUUUGUGUCUGUGUGUGCUGAUCUCAUCCAGCCGGUAGUUUCAAUGAAGAGAGGGACGUUAGGACGGAGCAGAUGAAGCAGUCCCAACCUGAGACAUAGUCCUAAGGCUUCCCAGGCUGUCUGUGUGUGUGUGUGUGUGUGUUUAAAUACCUUAAUCUUGUAUCAUUGUUUACAAAAUUACAUUUUUGCAGUUACAUCAGGGUUAACUAUAAAAAGUAUAUAAAUAUGUACAUAUACAAGAACAGGAUGUUAUAUAGAACUACAUACAUUUAAAAAGCGGGUUUAUGUUCAAGCUGCAAUUUGCAAAAACAAAAAGUGACACAAAACAUUAUCACUGAUAUUUGGCCAAAGAUAACUAUGCAAACGUCCAAUGUCAGAGGCGUUGGGACAACUUAAAAAAACACUUUAACAAGUUCUUGAUUUAAUACUCUUACUCUUACUGAUCUUACAAAUCAGUACAUCUCUUUUCUGAUGCUUGUGUUUGCAGUGUGUUACAGAACUGUUGAGUUCCUCCUAUAGCUGAUAUGUAUAGGAGGACUCAGAGUUAUUUUUUAGACUAGCUGUAGAUGAUACUGUAGCUUUUAGAUUUUUUUUUAGCGAAAAGGAGAGACUUUAUGAGCUUAAAAAAAGUGUUGAAAUUUAUAUUUCUGUCAAGUCCUAACUGAAAUCCUACAUAGAAUGUGUUUUCCUGUCUUUAACUCCUGCCAAAAACAGAGACAGAAAAAACAAGUUUAAAAAUAAGAUCCAUUGCUGUAAAGCAACUUCCCAACAAUAAUCAAAUCAAAUGAUACAUGUGUUAUUUAUCAAUCAGGAAAAAAGUUCCAGAAUAGCAUGUCAGAAAAGGAGUAGGAGCAGUUAGCAGAAUAGUGGAUGACUCUUCUAAAGAUAAAAUACAUGUACCAGUGUUUACCAUAUGUGCCUGAAAUA